AUGUCUGCUCAUGACAUGGAGGAGGCGCUCGAUCCCCCCUUAACCCGCAAACGCUAUCAUGCUGAAGCAGUUGAUUAUCCUCGACGACGCGCGACUGUAGCAACAUAUGGUGCUAUUACCUCUCCAAGAUGGCCCGAGUGUCAGAUCUGCCGUUUACGCAAAACAAGAUGCAAUGGCGCACGUCCCAGAUGCCAGCUAUGUAUCGACCUUGAUGCGGAGUGUAUUUAUCGAGAGCCGGGCAUCAAGCUAGAUGCCGGGGACAAGCUAAUCAUUGAGAAACUGGACAGAAUUGAGGGCUUGUUACGUUCGAGGAUGGCUGCUGCGGCCAGUAAUUCACCCCUGUCUUCGACAACAACUGAGACUGUCAAUGAACCUGCAAGUAACGACGAUUCCGCCGUCAACAUGACAGAGGACACCACAUUGUCAUCCAGAACAUCGGUUGUCGGGCUUGGAUCCUGGGCAAACCCACCAACGAGCAUCUCAACAAUGCCCAAGCUUCACACAACGCCAGCCUUGAAUCUAUUACAAUGGCCAUUCAUCCGAGAUCUUGUUGCUGCACCUUACGAUCCUCACACCCUACUACAGCUAGAAAUGGCACGUGAGCCACUUCGGAUCCCACACUAUGUUGGACUCGAUCUCUCUAACGCUGUCGCACAUGCUCGGGCUUUUUUUGCGCGGGUUAAUGUCUGGUACGCCUGCGUUAACCCAUAUACCUGGCCUCGUUAUUAUGAUAUAGCUAUCUCAUCUAGCUUUCAGGAGGGAGCUGAAAGCUGUAUCGUUCUUUUGGUCCUUGCGCUAGGGUGUGCAAGUCAAUAUGGAAGCAUAUCAACUCUUUCACCCGAGGCAGACCCGCCAGGGCUGCCAUAUUUCGUUGCCGCAUGGGGCCUUCUGCCCAACGUUACAAUGCGCAAUUCUGUUCUCGCUGCCCAAUGCAACAUUCUCGCUUCUGCCUAUCUAUUCUACUUGGUAAGGCCAUUGGAGGCCUGGUCGCUACUUUCGAGUGCUAGCUUGAAGCUACAGCUGCUGUUUGGCAAUCCGUCCCGUGUUUCUGCUCAAUGGAGGGAAUUAAGCACCAGACUAUACUGGAAUGCUCUUCUAUACGAAAGCGAUCUACUGGCAGAACUAGACCUUCCACACUCAGGCAUUGUGCACUAUGAGGAGCUUGUUGAUCUGCCAGGUGGCUUCGAACCAGAGGAUGACGAAGAUGAGGAUCAGAGCAGCACACCCCGGGAAAAUCACGUUGUAGAUGCGGUAGUAGGGCACGACGAGCUCUGGUACUUCUUGGCCGAAAUUGCUCUGAGAAGGCUUCUUAACCGUGUCAGUCAUGUUAUUUAUCAGAAGGAUAACUCUCUUACCCUUGCAUCUCUUGGGCCGAUUGCCUCCGAGCUGGAUUUUCAGCUUUCACAGUGGUACGAAGGACUUCCCCAAGCUGUUCGAUUCCCCCUUUCCUCUCUCCAGACUUCGAACUCUAUCCAGACCGUUCUGAGACUUCGGUACUUUGCAUGUCGCACGAUCAUCUAUCGCCCCUACAUUCUGGCGGUACUUCAGCAUGAACAAACAUCCGCAGACCCAAUGGUCAGAGAAUGUUGUCGACGAUGCUUAGACGCGACACUGAACCAGCUUGAUCACAUUAGUCGCCAUCGUGAAGGCCAUCUCCCUUACCUCUGGCAAGGCGCCCUCUCUAUGGUUUCACAGACGUUACUGAUUAUGGGGUCAACCAUGUCCCCGGCGCUUUCAGUACUCCUACCUUCAGCGGCCCGAGUGAAUGCGAUAAUCAGCGGUGUCAUAGAGGAAGUCAAUCGAUAUGCGCACCUUGCUCCAAGCCUCAAGCUCUCGGCAGAAAUUAUACGUGAUGCCGAGAAAAAACGGCAAAUAAGCCUUAGGUCAGUGGCUAAGCAAAUCUAG